CGCAGCCCCCCAGACCCGCAGCCACCCAAGAACCGGCGGCGCAAACCCCCUCUCCUUCCGGCGCGUGCUGCGGCGCAAGAGGACCAACGCCGGCGCAAGAGAACCAGGCAGGUUGGCCAUGUCGUCGUUCGCCGGCGUAUCAGUGGUGGAGGACGGCAAGCUAUCCUUCGCCACCGCGUCGACCGUCCGUACCAGCGCAGACUGCGGGUACCACCUGCUCGUGGUCCACGGCUACUCGCGCACCAAGAAACGCGGACGCACGUUCAAUGGCACCAUAUCUUAUUCUUUCAUGCUGGAAGGCGACUCGCGCACCAAGAAAUGCGAACCCAGGUUCUAUGGCAUCAAAUCUCGUCCUUUCAUGGUGGGAGGCCGUUGGUGGAUCGUCGAGUACUACCCCAAUGGUGUCGACUCCGACUUUGCCAACUUCAUUUCUGUCGAUCUUCACUGUGUCCCAGACGAGGCCAACGAGGAGCAUGUGGAAGCCAAGUUUGCUCUUAGUUUCGUCGACGAGGUCGAGAUUCAGAAUCCAGUCUACCUUGCUCAACGGGAAGCAUGCAACCUCAGUGAUGCUACUUCUUGGAGCAGCGACAGGUUUAUCAGAAGAGACAACCUUGAACUAUCAGGGAACCUAAAGGAUGAUUCUUUCACCAUCCGCUGCGACAUCAUGGUCUCCUCCUGCAACCCCAAUGGUGAUGCCGCUGCCACCAAGGUGCUCCUGCCUCAUAUGUGCCAGCACUUUGAAGAUCUCCUUCAUACCGAGGUGGGUGCUGACGUGAAAUUCGAGGUCAGCGGCGAGACGGUGGCUGCCCACUGGUGUGUGCUCGCAGCCCGGUCCAAGGUCUUCAUGUCGCAGCUCUUUGGCCCCAUGAAGGAGGGCACUACCAAGCCAGCUGUCAUACAGAUCAAAGACAUGAAGGCAACAGUUUUCAGGGCUUUGCUUAGCUUCAUCUACACGGACUCAUUUCCCGAGAUGGAGGAUGGUGGCAUGGACGAGGACGGAAUGUCACAAGGUGUGGAGCAAGGACAAGAAAAGGAGACGGCAUUAGCAAAGGAUGAAAUGCGACUGCAAUGGCUGCAAAGCUUGCUUGCAGCGGCAGACAGAUAUGAUGUCCAACGGCUCAAGUUCUUUUGUGGAAAGCGCUUGUCUGAAGAAAUAAGCAUGAGUUCGGUGGUGUCCACUCUUGCUCUAGCCCAGCAGCACCACUGCCACGGGUUAGAACAGGCGUGCUUCAAGUUAUGUGGCCGGCUUGGUAUUUUUAUACGUGGAGGGAGAGUUGUCCAUGCUUAGUGAAACCACCACACCGCUUUAGUCAAAAUACUUAUCCCCGUCUCCUAUCUCUCUCCCUCUCUCCCGGCCUCUCCCAAAUCUUUCUCCCAACAUCGGCAUGGCGGCGGUAAUGGGACAUGGCGGCGGUAAUGGGACGGUGCGGCUGCGGGCCCUCGUCUCUUGCCCCUUUCCUUAGCAGCACCUUUCCUCCCCCCUCGCCGAGCACGGAGCCAGCGGCCUGCCUGCGCCGGAUUGAGUGUUGCUCUAUUUUCAUGCAUGCUUUCAUGUUUGAACCCUAUGUGUUGAACCUUGUUCCCUUGCGUGUUAUCUGACUAUAAAAUUCACUAUUAUGUACUUUAAGAACCUAUUAUGCAUCUUUUGACGUGAACUUUAAUGGGAACUCUUAGUGAUGUUUGUAUUUUA